AUAAUAAAAAAUAAAAAUAAUAAAAAAAAAACUCGCUAAAUAUACCUCCGUUUUUAUCAUUUUCUAAAUAUAAUGCAGUUCAUAAAACAACAUAUGUUUCGUGUUAGCAAUUGAGUCAGGUCACCAAAUAAGACCUAAUCAUUUUGAGCUACUUCACAAUGAGACGUGCUCCUUAUAAUAUGUCCGAAAACAUCCGGUUGAUCAAGUGAUCUAAAUUCAUGACGUUUUCAUUUUGUGUAACGUUCCCUCAUUAUGUAGGGUUUUAUUUUGUUGCCUUUUUAGCAUAGUUUCAUGGAAAAGUGCGCAAAAGUGCUCAUUUCAGACGGGGAAACUCUCUCUCUCUCUCUCUCUCUCUCUCUCUCACUCUCUCCCUCUCUCUCUGGAGGACCGGUAAGUCCUGCAGACUGCUGAAACUCCAGCAGGUUGCCUCUCCAUCGCCCCCGAGCAAGCGAGUGGCUGCUGUUCCUUCAUUUGAUAAAAGCACAUCUGUACAUCAGCUGGGAAACAAGCAAAAAAACCAAAACAAAACACGAGCACUGUGUGAGGCUGUGGAUUACUGCAGUCCUUUGGCACUUUGGAUUUGAAAACACUUGAAGUCCCUCAUCAGACAAGAGCUCAGGCAGUGGAUUUGGGAGAAUGACUCUCUCGCAUCAGUACCGUGCUGUGUUGUUUCUGUCGCUGUUGGCUUUACAUGGCUGUAAUGACGGGAUGCAGGGCUGCAUAGACAAGCAGAGGGUGAUGGGAGUGCUUCGCCAGAUGGAGAAAUUUUUAAAGGGACAGGAGAUCCGGUUUACAGAAGGUCUCCGAAUAAUGAAGUCCAAGCUUACCAGCCUUCAAAACUCUGUGUCCAAGUUUCCACAAGCAGACCAAUCUUCAUCCUCAUCCACUUGUCCUGCUCUGGAAGCCCCAACUCACGGGAAGAAGUUUGGCUCCAAGUACCUCAUUGGACAUGAAGUGCACUUCAUGUGUUCUUCAGGUUAUCAUUUGGUGGGCUCAGCAACCCGAGUGUGCCAGGAGAAUGGCAGCUGGAGUGGAGUCGCUGCACUCUGUAAAGUAGCAGGUUUAAGUCAGUGUGCCAGUAACCCAUGCCUGAAUGGUGGCACCUGUGCUGAGGGAGUGAACCAGUACAAGUGCUUAUGUUCUCACAACUGGAGCGGGAGCCGCUGUCAGCAGCAGACUCAAACAGCCCCUCCGGAGUGGAGCGUGGUGAAUAAUCCGGAAUUCAGCCGCAAAUCCCGCUGCACUAAAGUGGACCAAGCUCAGCACUGCAGUUGUGACGCAGGCUUCCAUAUGAGCGGCACCUCUCACAGCAGCAUCUGCCAGGAUGUGAACGAGUGCGAGGUUUACAAAACGGACAGCGGAUUAUUGUGCGCUCACAUGUGCGUGAACAUUCCAGGUUCAUACCGCUGCUCCUGCCCCAGUGGCUACAAGCUGCUUGCAAAUGGCAGGAGCUGUGAGGAUGUGGACGAGUGUCUUACACAACAGCAUAUCUGCAGCCGUGGCACCACCUGUGUCAAUACCGGAGGAGGUUUCCUGUGUGUAAAUCCAGAGUGCCCACACUUGCACGGAAAUAUCAGCUACGUCAAGACGUCACCUCUUCAAUGUGAGAGGAAUCCCUGCUCCAUGACAAGCCGCACCUGUCACCUGGCCCCAAAAACAGUUUCCUAUCACUACCUGUCUCUGCCUUCGAACCUCCAAACCCCAGCAACAUUGUUCCGCAUGGCCACAGCGACUGCUCCUGGCAGACCAGGACCCGACAGCCUGCGCUUCAGCAUUGUGGAGGGAGGAGACGCUCGAGGCAUGUUUCUCAUGCAGCGCUCAGACCGGCAGACCGGCGAGCUGAUCCUCGUCCAGCCGCUGCUCGGGCCACAGGAGCUCAGCGUGGACGUGGAAAUGGCCGAGUACUUGGAUCGCACCUUCCAGGCCAAACACCUCGCCCGGGUCCAUGUGAUCAUAUCUCCCUAUAAGUUCUGACAAGAAGGAAGCAGUUCUUUCAAUUCUGUUUUGAAACUGGAAUGAUGGUAGAAUAACUACGAUUUAUAUCUAAACUGAAAUGUAAUGGCCAAAAACGAUUCAUCUUUGUAAAUAUGAACCUGUCACUUUACUUUAAACUGGCUUUAAUAACUAAGCAUUAAAACUUUAAAAUGCCUACCUACAAAAUCUCAGAUACCAGAUUUUUUUUAGUUAUCUGUGUAUGUGGUAUUUUUAUAUUUUUUCAGUUAUUCCUGAGAAUAAUUUGGAACCUUGAUCAUGUUUUUUAAU